UAAGGAAGGAAAUUAUGGUGUGAGGGGAAAAGGAGAAAAGGUUUUGUUAGGUCAGGGAAAGAGAGAAGCUUCAUCUCCACAUGAAUGUUUUUUAUUUUUGAAGAGCAGAAGCUCUUUUGUUUACGGACAAAACAAAUUCAUGAUGGGAUGGACGAGUACUAGUUUGUUUGGUUUAAUGACGACUACGAUGAUGAUGAUGAUGAUGAUAAAGCUUGUUUAUGGAAAUCACCAUCAUCAUCAUCGUUAUUAUCAUGGUGACCAAAUACACAGACUACAAGAGUUAAAGGCGUCUUUAGUUCAUCGUAUGUCGGCUUCUCUUCCUGUUCCUGCACCCUACCCUCAGCCUCAGGGAGUAUCAAAGCCACGUGUAUACGAGGUAAUAAAGUACGGUGCAGAUCCGACAGGAAAAUCAGACAGUACAGAAGCACUGGAGAGAACUUUCGUAGAUGCAAUUGGAGGAUCCAGUAAAGGGUUUUUAAUGGAAGAAAUUGCCAAUCUAGGAGGCGCACAAAUUUAUCUCCAAGGUGGAAAUUAUCUCAUCACAAGGCCCCUCCGAUUUCCAGCAUCUGCAGUUGGCAAUCUUAUGAUCCAUGGAGGAACAAUAACAGCUUCAAAAGAUUUUCCAGCAGAUGCUUUUUUGAUUGACUUAUCAUCUCCUUCACCUGAAAACAGAGGCUACAAUUACGAAUUCAUAACUCUGAAAGAUUUGCUUCUGGAUUGUAACCACAGGGCAGGUGGAAUUUCAGUAAAAAAUUCACUGAGAAUCACCAUUGACAACUGCUACAUAACUCAUUUUACCAGCAAUGGCAUUCUGGUUCAAGGAGGUCACGAGACGUACAUCCGAAACUCUUUCCUCGGCCAACACAUCACUGCCGGCGCUGAUAAACGCGAGAGAAACUUCUCCGGCACCGCCAUCAGCUUGAUCGGAAACGACAAUGCGGUCACCGACGUUGUAAUCUUCUCCGCGGCGAAGGGGAUCUUGAUUGAAGGCCAAGCCAAUACAUUAUCCGGCGUUCACUGUUAUAACAAAGCAACUGGAUUUGGGGGAAUCGGAAUCCACGUGAAGCUUCCUGGAUUAACACAGACAAGAAUCGUGAAUUGUUAUUUGGAUUAUACGGGAAUUGUAGCAGAAGAUCCAGUUCAAUUACUCAUAUCAAACAGUUUUUUCCUGGGCGAUGCGUUUAUAGUUCUGAAAUCGGUAAAGGGAAUCGCGAGUGGAGUGAGCAUUGUUGAUAAUAUGUUUUCUGGAUCUAACAGAGGGAUUGACAUGGUUCAAUUGGAUGGAGCUUUUCAAGAAAUUGAUCAAGUGAUUGUUGAGAGAAACAGUGUUAGAGGAAUGAAUUUGAAAUCAACUGAGGCGAAAAGCUCUGUUCAAGGGAAUGGGAGUUCAUGGAUACUUGAUUUCAAUCAACUUCUUCUCUUCCCCAACAAGAUCCGCCAUGUUCAAUAUUCUUUCAGCACUGCGGGUAGUUUCUUCCCUAAUCAUGCUCUCCAGAACAUGUCAGAUAAUCGCGUCGUCAUUCAAUCUAACCUCCCAGUCUCUGCAACUGUUUUUGUCACCGUGAAUCAACAAUGACAUUUCUAUA